AUGUCUGUCAUCAAACGAGCCUUGAGGGUGAUUGAGCUUCCUGAGGAAGAACAGGGUAAUCGCUGGAGCAAUGAGGACAUCCGUCCAGUGCCUCCUGAGCGCCAGACCUGGGGUCCACUCCAGUUCGUCGAACUGUGGUUCCUCGUCAACCUGAACAUCAGCACCUAUCAAACCGGUUCCUCACUGAUCGCGACUGGCAUGACUUACUGGCAAGCCAUCAUCGUCAUCUUGGUUGGAAAUGCCCUCGCCAGUACCUUUGCAGUUCUCAACUCGGUUUCGGGCGCUGCCAGCCACUUGGGCUUUCCCAUCGUCUCGCGCAGUGUCUGGGGUAUGUGGGGGGCAUACUUCCCCGUCCUCAACCGCAUCCUGACAUCCAUCACCUGGUAUGGCGUGCAAGCCGUCAUUGGCGGCAAGAUGAUCUAUGUCUGCCUGCGCUCGAUCUGGCUGGACCUCGACGAGCGCAUUCCCAACAAAAUCCCCUUGUCGCAGGGCAUCACUUCGGCCCAGUUUCUGGGGUACUUCCUCUUCAACUUGCUGUGCUGCAUCUUCAUCUGGUUCCGACCCGGCCAACUCCGGCCGUAUUUCCACAUUGGCUCUGUCGUGGUGGGCAUCACCCUGUUCGUCCUUCUCGGCUGGGCUGUGGGAACCAGCAAAGGGUACGGGAGCGUGUUCAACUCCAAGACCACCAUCUCGUCGACCGAGUUGGGGUGGCAGAUGGCCGCUGGUGUCAUGUCGGUCAUUGGAAGUAUUGCCUCGGGAAUCUUGAACCAGAACGACUUCACCAGAUUUGCAAAGCGACCCAGCCACGUCACCUACACGCAGGCCUUUUCAUUCAUGCUCACAAGUUCCGUCAUGGCCAUCGUGGGUGUGGUGGUGACUGCAGCGACACAGAACCAAUACGGCAACGGCACACCUCUCUGGGACCCCUCGACGUUGUUCGUGGCGAUCCAGGACAAACAUGGCUCUCGCGGUCGGGCGGCCGCCUUCUUCCUCGGCGUCGUCUUCAUCGUGUCGCAGCUGUCGAUCAACGUCGUUGGCAACGUGCUGGCCGGUGGCCUCGAUGUCGCCAGCGUUUUCCCGCAAUACAUCAACCUGCGCCGCGGGGCGUACAUCCUCGCCGUUCUCAGCGUGGCCCCCGUGCCGUGGAAGCAAUUGGCCUCCGGCUCGACGUUCUUGUCCGUCCUCUCGGCCUAUGCGGUUUUCCUCGGCCCCAUGAUCGGCUUGCUGUGCGUGCACUACUGGAUCAUCCAACGGCGCCUAUUCCACAUCCCGGACCUGUACGAGGGUUCGAAGAAGUCGGUGUACUGGUACAAGUAUGGGAUCAACUGGCGCACCUGCGUAUCGUGGGUCUGCGCCGUCGUGCCCAGCAUGCCCGGUUUCGUGCACGCCGUCAACCCGUCGCUCAAGGUCGGGACUGGCGCUACUCGCAUCUUCUCGCUGUCUUUUGUCCUAGGCUUUGUCAUUGCCUCGGUCCUGUCCUACGUGCUCCAUUGGAUUUUCCCCUAUGAAUAUCCCCAGACCACCCUCCUCGAGUCGCUUAUCGAUGGUCAAGAGGACGAGAAUGCCGGCUCGGAGACGAGUGACAAGAACGUCGAGACCGUGCUUGUCACAGAGUCCAAGGCUACUUCUGACAAGGCGACCUCUGAGGCUUGA